CUGAGAAACGCAAACACAUGUUAUUGUGAUCUAUAGAUAUUAAACGACAAACAUUCACUUUAGUUUUGUUUAAAAUAUAAUUUGGAGAUCUGCUUCUCUGUCCAGAAACGCGUGAACUUUAUGUCAGGCCAACCCAUGAGAGGAAGAGAGAAGAACAGUCGCUGCACAACACUGCGGCUGUUCAUCAGUUUGUUUCUGAAUUAUAAAUAUUUAUUUGCCCAUGGCGUAUUUUAUAAACAAAGAUGGUGAGUUGGCAGUUUCUUCCCUCCUAAAUAAUAUGGUGCUGAACUGAUAAUAACAGCAGUGUAAAAGCAAGAUACAUGCGAGGACAGGGAGGUAUUGCAGUUCAAAGACACUUAAAACGAGUUAACCCCUAACAGUGUUGUUUAGGAUACAAACAUAUGUGUAUGGUGAAGUCGUGGGUUUUAUUUUGGGAUUCAAGAGAAUUUCAUAGUUUACAUGAAAUACAUAGCCAGCAGCCUAAAUGUAAACACCUUUGUGUUUUUCAUACUCUUUGUAUUGUUUUGCACAGUUGUCAGUGUUCCGCAGUCUGAGCCUGUGAUGAAUAUUGCAUUAAAGGGAUAGUUUACCCAAAAAUAAAAGUUCUCUUAAGAGAUCUCAUUGCUAGAUAUUGCAGCUAAUGUCUCCCUGUUGUCUUGAAGAAUGGCAAAGAUCAGGUAUACACAUUCCCAUUAUAAAACUGGUAUCAUUUUAGGGUAGAUUCUUUGGAGAUAUGAUUAUUAGAUCACAAAAUAUUAAACCAAGUAGCAUUCAUUUUAAAGAAAGCUGUUUGCACACUUAUUAAACAAAACUUUUCAUUCGUUCUGGUUGUCAAAACUUAGGAGAAACGUAUCCAUAGUUCACAAGUCCAAUUACUUUUUGGGGCCACUGUAAUUACCAGUACACACCAUGUAGCAUUCAUGAUAUGCACAAACUAAUGCAAAUCUUGCAUUAAAGGUAUAGUUCACUCAAAAAUACAAAUACUCUCAAGAGAUCUCAUUAAUCUGAAGAACACAAAUGAAGAUUUUUAGAUAAAUAUCUCAGCUCUGUCGGUCCAUACAAUGCAAGUGAAUGGUGACCAGAACUUUGAAGGUCCAAAAAGCACAUAAAGACAGCGUAAAAGUAAUCCAUAUGACUCCAGUGGUUUAAUCCAUGUCUUCAGAAGCGAUCCAAUCUGUUUUGGGUGAGAACAGACCAAAAUGUAACUCCUUUUCACUGUACAUCUUGCAGUCUCUAGGCACCAUCAUGAUUUUAAGCUUGAUUACACUACCUAGUGCUUGAGGCAUGCGCAGAGCGCUAGAUGUCACUAGGAAUUGUAAUCGAACUUAAAAUCACGAUCACCAAGGAGACUGCUGAAGUCAAAAUUUAUAGCGAAGUAGGAGUAAUAUUUUAGUCUGUUCUCACGCUAAUCCGAUUAGAUUGCUUCAAAUCGGUUUAGCGUGAGAGUGGAUUAAACCACUAGAGUGUUAUAAUUACUUUUAUUCUACCUUUAUGUGCUUUUUGGAGCUUCAAAAUUUUGGUCUGCACAUUUGCAUUGCAUGGACUUACAGAGCUUAUUGUUAUUAACAUUUUUAUUGAUUCCAUCCACAAAAACCAAUAAACACAACAUAUAAUAUGGAAUCAGUUAUAUAAAUUAAACCCCUCCCCCCGAACCCCCACCCCGAAUUUACAGAGCUUAAAUAUUCUUCUAAAAAUCUUUGUUUGUGUUAAGCAGAAGAAAGUCAUGCUGGGAUGGCAUGAGGGUGAGAAAAUGAUGAGAGAAUUUUCAUUUUUGGGUGAACAAUCCCUUUAAUUUUCCUUUAUUCAGUAAGCAAAAAAUAAAUACCCACUAAUGAAGUGGUUAGUGCAUAUACUUGAUAAAUCCACUGUUUUUAAAUGCAUUAUAAUUACUUUGUAAUUAAAGCAUUCAUGAGUAUCUCAUGUAUAAUUCUGUUUCUCUUGUUGCUUUUUAGGACGCUGUAGAAUUUUAUCAAAAAUAGCUGAAGAAAAGAAGAAAUGCAAAUUCAUUUUGUCAGUCCAGAAUUUGACAAAUUAUAUUCUCAGUCACAGAACUAGGGUCCAAAGUUGACUUCUUUUUAUUAUUAUUAUUAUUUAUUUGCCUUUUAUUUUGAUUUUGGUCAUCUUGACCUUUUAACCCCCUCUAUAUUCAAACCAUUAAUUCUCACUAGAUAACAAGUUUUAAUGUAAUGAUGCAGGCUGGAUUUGUAAGUGAAUGGUAGUCUGGGGUUGUCUGAGGUGGUUGUAUGAGUGAGGAUUGGCAGGGCCCUUUGCCUGCAGUAAAACAGCUGACAGGAAGACACAGUGCUGUGAUCAGAGGACCCCAGCCUGGACGUGACGGUAAAAGUUUUGCAUCUAUGUGUGCUGAAAUGGGACCAUUACUGCUUUGGCUCCAGGACGUGGCAGCGGUGACCCUGCUGAGGGCUCGCAGGACGCUGCUAAGGGCUGCUAUCCUUUUCUGUGUCCUGGUGCUUCUCCUCUGGAUCUCCAUGUUCCUCUAUGGAAGCUUCUAUUAUUCCUACAUGCCCACCGUCAGCUUCUCCACACCACUACACUACUACUACAGAACAGACUGUGAACCUUCCGAUUCAGUCCUUUGUUCUUUCCCCACGGCUAAUGUCUCACUCUUGAAGAAUGGCAAAGACCAGGUGAUGAUGUCUGAUCAGGCCUACAGGAUCUCUUUAGAACUGGAAAUGCCUGAAUCUCCAGUUAAUGAACAGCUCGGGAUGUUCAUGGUGAAAAUGUCCUGCUACACCAGAGAUGGGACGGUCAUCUCCUCUGUGGUUCGCUCAACGAUGCUGCACUACCGUUCUACUCUGCUGCAGACCAUGAGCACGUUGCUGUUCUCCCCCCUCCUGGUGACUGGUGUGUCCGAGCAGAAACAGCUCAUCGAAGUGGAGCUCUUUCCUGACUUCAAAUCAGACCUUUACCAGCCUGCCAUUGGUGCUGUGAUCGAGAUUCAAUCCCGCAAGGUCCAGAUUUAUUCUGCUCAGCUCAGGAUACAUGCAUACUUCACUGGCAUUAGAUAUCUCCUGUAUAAUUUCCCUGUGAUGUCAGCAAUCGUUGGAGUGGCCAGUAACUUCACCUUCCUCAGUGUCAUUGUGCUCUUCAGUUACCUGCAGUUCAUCUGGGGAGGGCUGUAUCCCCCAGAGCAGGUCAGAGUGAGGGUAAUGAUGGGAGACUCAACACGUCUUCAGCAGAGGAGGGAAGAAGCACAUAAACGCAUGCACUCAUCCUCCAGCUCUCCCAACAUGACAUAUGGAAGAGACACCAGUGGACCAGCAGACCCCUCACAACAACCCAAACAAACAGUUCUGCGAAACAAAGGUGAGCUGGACACACCUAGUGUGAUUGGUACAGAUGACCUGAACUACUUGCAGGAGAAUGACACUGUUCAGGACUCGUCUACAGAUGAGACUCCCAUUUUCCUCGAGGCCCCUCAUAUUGCAGAGGCCAGUUUGAGUGAGGAGGACCCAGAUCAUGAGCAGAGGGAAGCUGGAGUGGGGAAUGGGACCAAAGAAGUAGGGACAGCCCAGCCGCAAUCCUUAGACACCAGCCUUAGACAAAGGCAGGGACACUGGAUGAGGCUCUGAGCUCUGAAGCAACCACAUACACAUGCAUUCUGUUACAGUACAGCCUUAUGUUACUCAUACAUGUAGCUUGCACAUUCACUGGUUGAUGUGCACUGGCAAAAAGUAAAUUUGGGAUCAUUAUUUUGCAAGUAACGAGUUUAAUCAUAAGAAUUGUUUGGAUGCAUUUGGAAACCAGCUUACCUCCUGAAGCUAAUGUGAAGCUCAACAAGGGAAUUUCCUGCUCUGCUGCUUUUGUUCUCCCUUUUUGAAUACUUUAUCAUGAACUUGAAAAUCACCUUUUAAGGAUCUGUCAUGCCCUGAGUACAGCAGAAUAUAUGCAUUUCAUCUUAGCCAAACAGCCUCAAUCAUAUAGUCUCAAUCUAUUCAGAUGAAGGCAAACAUAAAGGAUCUGCAGAAAAUGUGAUGCUUUAAUGUGCAUUACUGAGGUCCUCGGUUGUGUCAUGAUAUCUAUUUUUGCAUGUAAAGCAACUGUGUAAAGUGUUAACUUUAAAGUGGAUGUGUGAGACAUAUCAGCAUUGCCAUUUUAUUAAUAUUUGCCAUCAUUCCUUGGUGAUAAAAUAUGCCACUCAAAAGCUUCAAUGCAAAAAGUCUAAAAUUCAGAAAUGUAACUGUUAACACAAAGUUGGACAAUGUCACUUACCAUUGAUAUUUGAAAAAAAAAAUAUUCUUUGGGAAAGUGUUUAAGAAGGAAAUGGAAGGACAGGGUGUUUUUAUUUAAAUAUGUAUGCAAAUUAUAUAGUGGAAUGUGCAUUUUUCUCAUAUCUCACCAAUGAUAUAAAUUCUCUAAGAAUCUGCUUAUAACUUUGAGUACCUCAAUAUUUUGUUGUGUAAGGAAAAAAGUUCAUAUUUUGCGUUGUGUCUUUGAGGGCUUUUUUUUUAUUUUAUGUUUAUCUAAUAAAUCAGACAUGAAAACCCAUACUUUUCCAUUAGUUUCCAACAGGGGGUAGAUUCUGGGGGGAUGGGAGGGAGAUAACCCCCCCCCAAUAAUCAAAACAAGCAAGUACAGCCCCCGACCCCCUGAUGGAAAUACUUUGAUUUAUACUAUGAUCAAUGGAAACAUGUAAAUGCUUCACAUUGUGAACCAUUCACCUCACAGAUGUCGAAAGCGAAUCGUCAUGGCUCUGUUCAAGCUGGCAACCUGCAGCUAGUUUUUUUUUUGUGGCCUUUUGUAGACUUUUAAUGAUAGAGUUAGCAUAAAGGAGACAGGAAAUAAUAGGGGAGAAGAGUGGAAAUGGGAUCGGGAAAGGACCUCACUCAGGUCACCCGAGAUGCAUCAGCACCACAUGUAUUGCACGCUACCCGCUUGGCUACGGCUCUGACACAUUGCCAUUAUUACUGCAUUAUGUCCCGCAUAUUUGUCCAGCAACUUUUAACGACCAACUGAACUUGAUUGUCAUCUAAAAUGUAAUUUUAGCAUCAUAAUGCAAUUUACAUUUUCUGAAGAAGCUCAGCAAAUGCAAUCCGAGGUAAAGAGGGUUAGAUUUAAAAUGUUUAAAAGUUUUAAAAUGUUCAAAAGCUAGUUUUCUGAAAGUGAACUCAGCAUUGGACAAAUAGUUCUGAUUAUUUAUAGUCUUGAAAAAAAGUAUAGAAUAUUCUGAGAAUGUCAUUCAGCCGACUUUUUUCAUCUGCAAAACGGGGUAAGGCUAAUUUAAGUUUGUGUAAAUAAAAGGCAAGUAUAUAGGUCUAAAAAUAUUAUUUUUUCGUUUGGUAAUUAUUUUUAAAUUUAAUACUUUAUUCGUUUGGUAAUUAAUUUAAUACAGGGAAUUUUUCCGGCAUUUCUUUCAAAAGUAAGCUAAACAAUAAUUUUAUAGAAUUGGGCUACAUGUUAGUGUUCUAAAAAGACACACUGAAGCUUUUCUUCUAGUAUUGUGUAUUUAGUUCACAGAAAUAGUGUUUUUUGUAUUGUGGGCUAAUUCCAUGACUGCUGUCUAUUAUUUUGAAUGGUGUGAAAAAGCAACUUUAAUAAAUAAACGGGUG